AUGUCUUUAUCUAAGAUUUUCAUCGCCUUCACGGGUAUCAUUGCUGUAGCUUCAAGUAACCCUCUCAUCCCCAGAGCAUCAACCGCCUGCUCAACAUCAAGCGGUCCCGGUUUCUGCCAGAGCACUUCUACUUCCUGUACCAACGGGAAAUACAUAGCAGGUGCAUGCCCUGGCGCCGCAAACAAUCAAUGCUGCGUAGCAACAUGUUCUAGCGGACAAGGAACAUGCCAAGCAACAUCUGUAUCCUGCUCCGGAGGCACCUUCAAGAGUGGUCUCUGUCCCGGACCCAGCGAUAUCGAAUGCUGCAUCAAAAGUAGCGGAAGCACCGGCUCCCUAGGUUUCGACAUCUCGCAACUCGGCAGCACGACAUUCUUCCAAUGCGCCAAGAAAACCAAAGACGUCGUCGUCAUCCGCGGCUACGAACAAGCAUGCGGCAGCGGCGGCCAAGUCGACAGUAACUUCGUCACCUCCUACAAAAACGCCAAAGCAGCAGGAUUCACCCGCAUAGACUCCUACCUAUUCCCAUGCACGGGAACCCCCACCGGCAACGAACCCCAAUGCAAAAGCAUCAGCACGCAAAUAUCCGAAUAUCUCCAAGUAAUCUCCAGCAACAACAUGGACAUAACGAUGCUCUGGCUCGACAUCGAACCCACAUCGGCCUCUACAUCCGCGUGUAACGCAUGGAAUCUCGGCGCCGCAGCUAAUGAAAAAUUAGCUAAACAAUGGGUUGCGGCGAUCAAAGCGACGGGCUUGAAAUGGGGUAUCUAUGCUAAUGGCAAUCAGUGGAGUGGGAUGUUUGCGAGUAGGAGUACGGAUGUGGGGAGUGAGUUGCCGUUGUGGGCUGUACAGGAUGAUUUUGAGGCGGGGGUGAAUACGGUGGAUACUUUUAUGGGGGGUUGGACGGAGGCGGUGGCUAAGCAGUAUUAUCUUGAUACCACGCUCUGUGGCCUAGGUGUGGAUUUGGAUUCAUUUUCAUGA